CCCGAGACCUCUGUUGAUCGCGCCUCCUCGCGAUGCGCUCGCGCUCACACCAAUCGGGAAGCCUCUGGGUCUGACAGCUGGCGGACGUACGGGGGAACCAUAAACACUGACGAGAGGACGAGCGGCUCUUCCCAGAAAUUAUCCCUGUUUGACAGCGUCAGGAGGUGUCCGUGUCUCCUCUGCGGCUUUUGCUCCCUCUCUCUCUCACACACACACACACACACACACACACAGAGGAUAGUUAUGUGAUAGGUUGGAGCGGAGCCCGGGGGUCUGAUGAUGAUGAUGAUAAGGAUGAAGAGCAGGUUUCUGCCGCUGACCGGGAAGUUCCAACCGACGCUCAGUGCGGAAUAAAGGAGCCCCGUUUUCACUGAGGGAUUAAUUCACUUCUUUGAUUGUAGAAUUCCUCCUUUCUUCUUGUUUCUUGGCUAAAAUGGGGGUUUCAUUCUGCGGGCGGUAGCCUACAUGUUGCCGGGCUGACGGAUGGGGAUCUUCUAUGGCCAUAUCUGGACUGAUUAGAGUUAACAGGACGCAACACAUCCAGGUCAAAUGAGCGUCUAAUGUGUGCUGAGUGUGACAUGGGGAAUACGGGACUAUUCAGCCUCCUUUAUUACUUCAUUCUCAACUGGCCCUUUAUGAUUUGUGCAAAUGCUGCAUUUACCGAGGUCCCUAAGGAUAUCAGUGUGGGGGAGGGCGAGGAUGUGGAGAUGCCCUGCGCCUUCAGGGCGCUCAGCUCAGCGCCCAUGUCUCUGGAGAUCCAGUGGUGGUACCUGAAGCACGCUGGGCCCAAAGAUCUGCCUCAAGAGCUGCAGAUCAGCUCGCCGGCCAACACAGCACAGGUCAUUCCAAGGGAAGCCACCAAAAUCAGUGCUGUGCGUGUUCAGGGCAACGCCAUCUCACACCGCCUCAGCCUGUCCCGGGUGAAGAAGGAGGACGAGGGUGUGUACGAGUGCCGCGUGUCCGACCUGUGGGCUGACGACGCCGACGCCACCGAGUUCACGGUCCGCGCCACGCUGCGGGUCACGCUGGGGGGGGGCGGCGGCAUGGUGGCGGAGGAGGCCGUGUCGCACAUCCAGAACCGCUGGCCGCUGAGGAGCAGCAACACAGCGCUGGGAGGGGGCGGUGCUGGGAGGGCCACCGUGGAGCCGGGCCGGGGGGGCCAGCGGGGGCCUGCCCCCGCCCCGGCCAGCUCCACCAGCAGCACCUCGCUGGCCAAGUCGUCAGCUUCAGCGCUGCCAGGGAGCGCUGCCAUCCUCCGGCAGCAGCUUGGAGCGGGUGAGUGGGGGGUGCAGGUUGAUGUUUCUCUGUGUGUUGUGGUACAGGAUGCUUCGGUCCUUCCAUCAGUUGUAACGUUGAGGCCUCGCUGCCAUGUCAGACUGGACACCGCAUACUUCAAAUAAUCAUAUUGUCCUGUUAAUAUUCUGGAAUUACUUAAAGU